AUGGGCGCUGAGUGGAUGGCAGCGAUAGCUUUGCAACCAAACAAACCGUUAAGGUGCGACGUGUGCCUGAAGACGUUCGCCACCAAGUCCACCGUCCAGCGCCACACGCGAACAACUCACACUGGAGAAAAGCCUUUCUGCUGCGACCGGUGCUCCAGGUGUUUCGCAUUGCACUCCACCCUGAAGACGCACGUCCUCACCCACACAGGGGCCAAACCGUUCAGAUGCGACAUCUGCGACAAAUGCUUCGCCCAGAGGAGCGGUCUGACUCACCACAUGAUAAUUCACAGCGGGGAGAAGGUCUUCAGGUGCGGGAUGUGCUCGAGGGACUUCUCCACCAAGUGCAACAUCCAGAUACACAUACGCAUGCACAGCUGCGAAAAACCCUUCAGAUGCUAG